AAUAACUGAUUUACUAUUACCCCGCUUGAACUUAUUCGAAGCAGACGAUUCUUCGCCAUUUUGUCAAAAAAGCUAGACGUAAUAAUAAACAGUACGAAACUAUAAAAAUGUCAGCUAUAAGAACAGUUUUACGAAAUUUUACAAGAUCUUUCAAAACUACUACUGUAAGAAAAAGUGAAGAUCAUGGACCGGAAGGUUACCCUGGUGCUAAUCUUCCAAUAAAUAUCCAAAAUAGAUAUGUGUUAACUGCAACUUUCAUUCUUUUCUUUGGAAGUGGAUUAUCUCUUCCUUUCUUAGUUCUUCGUUAUCACUUGCUGAAGUAAUAUGUAUUGGAAUAUUAAUAUUAGUAAACUAAUCUAAUAUUGUUGCAGAAAAUAUAAUAUGUAAUAUAAUAAUAAAAUAUAAUAAAAAACUAAA